CUGCGGGCCACUCUAUAAAGCUGCGAGGCCCAACUGGACGGGAUUCAGUUGUGCGUCACUCAAGUGCGGCGAACAUGUGGCGACUCGGGGCAGCGUGCUUACUAGCUGCAGUCUUGGUGGGGGCACAUCACGACGGGACAGCCCACCACGAGAAGGACGAGAAGUCGCUCAUUCUCCUGGAAAUUCAGUCCAACGGAAGCAACAUCAAAGAUAAAAGGUCUCCUCAACAAGGUUACAGUCAGGCAGUCUACGGGGCUUCCCCCGGGCAAUUCGUUGUGCGCACUAGCGACAGCCCUACCGAAAACGCACAACCUGACGUACCACCUGAGUACCUGAACCUGCUACAACAGCUUGUGACACAACAGCAGCAGACGGACAGCUUGCAGCCUCCCUCGCAACCUGUCCUCCAACAGUUGCUGAUCUCGAGGAACCCAGAUCCGUCCGCGGUACAGUUCAGGACCGUCCCUGGACAGACGCCACCUCGUGGCAGACCGCCUCCUUCACCACAAGCUCAGCUGCAACAGCUGUACUUCAACCGGCAGUUCCAACAGCAGAUUCCACUGCGUCCUCGGCUCCUGCGACCUCUCCCGAGGCCUGCAGAACCCAGUUCGCAAGGCUUCCCUGGACUGACCUCGACCUCACAGGUCCAUGACGUGCACGAGGCUCGUCUCAGAGCGUCACUCGCUGGAAGCGACCCGAACCUCGCAGUCCAAUCACUGAUCCAACAGCAGGGGACCCUGGUUGGCGGAAAUUACGAUCAGCAGCUGUCACAGCUGGCAACAGCUUUACAAGAACAGACUCAACUCCAGGCAGUGCCUCAACAAGUCGCUCAGGUACAGUCUGUUCCUCAACAGCAAGGAGCAUACACUAUUAGCUCUCAGGUCAGGUACGUCCCAGAACCUCAACAAGUUUCUCAGCGUCCAGUUCCAUAUUCGAGCAGACAAGUUACACCUCCUCAGCAACUCGUAUCUUCAGAGCAAGUUAAACCUUCACGUCGCCCUGCACCAGCGGAACAAUAUCUCCGUGAGACAUCACAGCCUCUCUCAGGGCAGACGGUGGUACAAAUACCGCAGGGGGAGCAGAGCUCCCAGCCAACCGUGUACUUGAGCUCCCAAUCCGGACAACAGGCACCAAGUACGACUCAAGACGACGACAUCAUUUCACAGCUUCUCUCGCAGCAAGGUCGUGGUCUGAUUCCUAGUUCCACUCCCUCGUCCCUCUCUUUGGCAGAAGAGCUAAUUAAUCCCUCAACUUCGUCACCACCAACAGAACCCAGAUCAUCGAUUUUUGUAACAAAAACAUCAAACGUGAAAAAACCUCAGAGUCAAGGUAGAAUAACAUUAGAGGAAUUACGGCCAAUUCAAGACAACUCUGACACAACUUUGCCUAUCGUUCACCUGCCAACACCCAAAGGACAGAGGCCACUGACUCAAACCGAAUUCCAGGCGCUCAUUGACGCAGGUUUCAAGAUAUCACCAGUGCCGGAGUCUCCUGUCCAGACAGUAACUUCCGGGUACUACCAGCCGACGACAAAAAGGCAACGCUCAUACGCCACACCUUCACCCACACAGCGUAACCAGGUGUCACACCAGUCACGUCAAAAGAAACCCCAACGGGAAAAGGACGACGUACAGCAGAUAUCAAGUCCUGGACCCGAACGUCUACCACAACGGGAGCAGGUAAAUAGAUACCAACCGCAAGAAACAAAACCACGACGUGAAGAAGAGGAUGGUUUACAGUACGUCCGAAAUCCUGAAGCCAAAAACAUCCGUCAAGGUCUUCCGGUUACCAGGAUCCAAGUCGUAACAAAUAAGCCACAACCGGAAGAAGAAAUAAUUCAUUUUAUUCAGAUACCGACCACUCCUGAAGUUCCGGACGUUCAACAGAGAGGUGAUCUGACCAAAUAUCAGCCAAACGCAGAAAGGCAAGUUGUCCAAACACAGGACCGCAGAUUGCAGCAGCCACAGCAAGAGAGGUAUCAGACGCAGUCAGACAGCUUACCGCAACAGCCAACAUAUUUCAACCAUGACGAAGAGCCUGUUAGUCAGCAAGCACUAAGAUUCCACCCCAUCAUUGUGGCAGAGCUGCCGACAACAGCUACGCCACGGAGACGAAGGCCUCGCCCCGGUAACAGCGGGGCUGUUUAUCGAGCACAACUCGCAAAUGAACAGAGAGGAAGCCAAGACGCGCCCGAACAGUACCUCGUGUCUUACGACAGCAUUCCAGAAGCCACGUCUUUCGGCACAAGAGGCAGUAGACCGAGAAGUCGUCGCCCAAUAUCGGACGAGGAAUCUUAAAACAGUCGCCUUAAUUACACAUGUCAUAUCAUAUUCAUUACUAAUCGUGACUAUUGACAAUAAUUUUCAAGAUGUCUGGAGACAUUCAUCGAAUAUUGUUUCCGAAACCUUUAUCCUCGAAACACCUUAGACCAAAAUCGCGGGAGGACACAAGCACAGAUAAAAUCCUCGCUUUAAAAGUAACUAUCUACAUGUUCAGUUAUUUUGUUAAGAAUGUUAUCUACGGCAAAUCAUUUUUAGCUUAGUUGGUGAGUCGCAAGACGUAGGUAAUGUUAAUUAUGGACCUUAACAUGAAAAAUCUUGUAUCUUUCUUCACUGAGAGUAUUAAAUGGUAGUUAUCUAGAGAAGAAGUGGAUAGUAAAAAAGAAUGGAAAUGAUUAAAUAAAAUUCAUAUUUCUUCUGCGCAAAAUAAGAAAAUUAUGAUAUAACUAAUUCUACUACUAUUACUAUAACCCAAUGACAUUCUUAAUUUAUUUCUGACAUAAAAGUGUAUGAAGAUAACGAGACCGAACCACUGCUUCAAGUAUAGAAUUAUGGCAAUGCAAUCAGCUUUAUUGCCAAAUGGUUUGCCUUCCUGUAUCGCUGAUACAGAGUGGAUGUUCAGCAUGUAUAAAAUUCUCUCUUAUCGAAUUAUACAAAACAUCCUGAAUGGUCACAAUUUAAAUAAAAUAUAAAUGUAACAAGGUCUAAGCGUAUGUCGAUGUUUUAAAGUACUUUCGGGGUUGGUAAGAUUUCAAAAUUCUAGCUCUUUUAAAUUUACGGUAAAUUUCCAGCUUGUAAAAUUUAUUCAAGACAGAACAUAUUUUGUACUUGUAAUUACAACAGAUACGUUGGAUUUUUAGGUUGGAUAUUGAUACUGAAAACACCGUCUAGAGGGACUUAAUGGAUCAAUACGAGAUAAAUGUCACUACACGUCAAGAGUUACGCCAUAAUUUUGGAAACCACUGCCGUCCAUAAACCUGCAGGGUACCGAACAAAAAUCAUAAUCAUCAAAAAGUAAGAUUUAUGUAAAUUACUUUACGAGCCUCGACCAUAAAACAAUCAGGAGUGUAAAUACAUCAAGUGUCGCUGUACUUUAUGGAUUCAUGAGUCAACUGUUCAAUUUCUAUCUUCGGGCAUUGUCAAUGGUGGCUCAAAUCGACUGAAGGUAGCAAAACUGAACGCAUCAUACGGGCGUUUCAUAUUUCUUGAUGUCAAAACAAAUUGUCAAUAAAAAGCAUUUGUAACUGUUGUCA